CAUGGGGUCAAGCUUUUGACUUCAUUUUUAGAGAUAAAGAACAUCAUGAUGCUUUUUCUCCAUUGAUGUUUCCUGUUUUCUCUUUCAAAGCCUUUUUCUUUUUGGGUUAGAAUUUACAUACACUCAAUCUUUUGGUUCUUGACAACCUCUCUCUUUCUGUAUACUAGUAAUGUAUGAAUUACUACUAUAAUUUUAGAAUUAAGUCAUUAAGAACUUCACUUCACCAACUACCAAGAUGAUUUUAUUUCUAAAAUUCAUAGAGUUUCAGUCUGAUGGGUUUUCUGUUUGGUAGUUGUCUUAUGCCUUUUUUGUGGUAUUAGAUGAAAUUAUUGAGAUGGGUACAGCCUAUAAUACUUUUUCCUUUUACCCCUCUUUAACCCACCUAUAUUUACAUAUAUAUAAUGAAUGUAUUGCCAAUGAGCCUUCUAAGAUGUAACACCCCUGCCCUCUGUAACCUUCAGGAAGCAAUGGGGAAGUCUCCAUUACACUCCAAACAUGAGGAAAUUGAUUAUGGGGGUUCUCCAUUUGAUCCCCAAAUGGAUUUUUCACAGUUCUUGAAAGAAGCAAGACAACAUGGGAGAGAAGUAAAUCUCAAAGCAACAACUUCAGGUGCAGAAGAAGUUAAAAAAAGUAAGAAAUCAUGGAAAACUUCUCUUUUCUUCUGGUGGAAAGCUGAGAAAAAGAUCAAGACUAGCAUGGAACCUGCAAAUAGUAGUCAUCACAGUUCAAAAUUGACAGGUCAUCGUCAUGUUUCUGGUCCAGUUUUUGAAAGUGAAAGAGCUGUGCAUCUCCAACGACAAACAUCUGGGCCGCUGACCAAUCUUUUCAACAACAAUAGAGGAACAGAAAAUCAGAUACCAUAUAUGUCUCUUCACCACCUUAACAACCACAGUCCUGUCAAGGUCUAUGGACCUGUUUAUUUGGUAACCUAGUUUAUCAGUCACCAAAACUUUACAGCGUCUCGGAUGCAUUAUUUUUCCAGUAAUACUACGUAGUAAUUCAGUAA